UGAUGGAUGCAGACGUCACUUCGAAAACUGUAGUCACGAAGCCAUGUAAAUGCAUCAUUGAUUGCUACGUGAAUCCAGCCUGCCAAGCCGUAGCCUCAGAAGAAGUUUCGACCAACGUCACGUGUUAUUUCAGUCUUCAUUUCGGCGUUCAAACCAGGCUCACUAGCCGAAAUACGGCCACCACCUACGUCAAGAAAGAGUGCGCAGACAACUUCGUCAGGCUGGGAGGGAUUUGCUACUUCUUCUCAUCGGAGAUGGCCGACCAAGCCACGGCCAAAACCAAGUGUCCUGCAACGAGCUCGCUGGCCUUCCCGUCUUCUGGUGGAGAACUGACCAGCUUGGUGGACUACAUAAAGAAAAACAAGGCUGACGUAGACAACUGGUACGUGGACCUCAAUAAGACGAAUGACAAGUGGUACUGGGGUGACGGCGUCAAUUAUAAGGGCGCUAUAGAAAUCUACGGCAACAACGAGUUAUGUGCCAGACUUCGUGGCUCAUCCUACGAGCUCGCGGACUGUCCCUGCAGCACAGACUACAACUUCAUCUGCCAGUAUACCGGGCAAGCUUGAGGGAAUCAUUUUGAGACAAGAACCUUUACGGGCAAGGCAUUUCG